CUGCUCCUCGGUGUCGCGGGAUCCGUUGCUGCCGUCAAACUGCCGGAUCUGCUACGCAAGUUGCAGGAGUCUGGUCAUGUGCGCAGCAUCGAAGCCGUUCUAUCCCAGUCUGCAGAAGUUUUCACAUUGAAUCCUUCGGUUCAAUACGUCGGCGCCAGUGUCUCGCAAUUGCUAAGUGAUGUGGCAACAGCACCACGUUCAGCAGAGCAAGAAAAACUCUUGAAACGAGUUCCCGUGAAAGUAUACACAGACGCAGAUGAGUGGAGCGAGUACGCCCACGUUGGGGUGGAUCCGGUAUUGCAUAUCGAACUGGUCAAGCGCAACGAUGUGUUUCUGAUCGCGCCUUUGUCGGCUAACACAUUGGCGAAAUUGGCAGGGGGACUCUGUGACAAUUUAUUGACCUGUUGUGCACGAGCUUGGCCAUGGACU